AUGAAGGCUGCUGAGAAAGUGGAUUCCGACUUAGCAAAACAGAUGGCUGAAUUGAAAAGGCAACAACAACAGAAGGUCAAAAAACAUGCUCCAGUUGCAUAUGACGUUAAUGUAAUCCAGGGAGCCAAUGAUAAAGAAAAUGAUUCAUUACUAAAUUUAUCGUCUAAAAAGUCAUCCCAAGGUAUUGGAAAUACUGGAAUUCUACGUCCAACUAUUUCGCCUACAAAAAUUAACAAUUCAGAGAACAUCGGGGUCAAAACACAUGCUGGAGAACGUGUAAAUUCGGGAGAGAUUCAGGCAUUUGGCACCUUUUCUGGUUUCAAUAGUGUAUUACUAGCUAACGAUGAGAAUGAUGAAAUUCUGCACGGAAUGUCAGAUUAUAACCCAUUGGCUGAUCCAGUGAUUGAUCCAUUGGCUGACGAAAAGCUCAAUCCAUCAAUUGACGAAAAAUCCCCUGAAUCGAAUCCCGACGAAACCUUAUCAACACAGGCCAUGCACCCUGUUACCGACGAUGAUGAGCCACGAAGUGUAUGUCAUACUCGGUGCUUUUCCCAUACUGAUUGAAGAAAUUCGCUGCAACUACAUAAGUUGUUAUGAAUCAAAUUUAC